AUGCUCAUGCAAGCCGAGAUCCUCGCGUACCAGAGCAAGUUCCAGCUGGCCGCCAAAGUCCUCAUGGACGCCGACGAAGCCGGGCGCGCGAUUCAAAUGUUCUCGGACCUGCGCAUGUGGGACGAAGCCAAGAAGUUUGCGGCGCAGAGCAAAGCGAUUGACGUCAAGCAGCUCGUGCUGGACCAAGCCAAGUGGGCCGAGGACGUCCACGACUGGCGCGCGGCCUCGGAAAUGUACCUUGCGAGCGGCAACCUCCUCAAAGCGGUGCAGAUCAUGGGCGCGCGCGGCUGGCACAACGACUUGGUUGAAGUCGUCCAGCGCCCAGACGCCGACAGCCAAGUGCUCGCCCUCUGCGCCGACUACCUCUACAAGGCCGGCAAGUUCAAGCAGUGCCGCGACGUCUACGUCAAGAUUGGCAACUUUGACGCGCUCCUCAAGAUGCACAUUGACUGCCACGAGUGGGAAGAAGCGGUUCGAUUGGCGCAAAAGCACAAGGAUAAGGUCAAGAACCUCGCCGAUGUCUACGUGCCAUAUGCCGAAUGGCUCGCGACCCAAGAUCGGUUUGAAGAUGCCCUCGGCGCCUACACGCUCGCCAAGCGACCGGAAAAGUGCAUGGCGCUCCUCGACGAGCUCAUUGCGUCGGCCGUCGCCGAGACGCGCUUCAAGGACGCAUCGUAUUACCACUGGCGCAUCUGCGACGAGAUGCUGGGCUCGAUCAAAGCGUCCUCGCCCGAGAAUGUGACGGCCGACGACCAAAAGACCCUCGCGUCGGCCUUGUCGCACGAAGUCGACGGCAAAAUCUACUACGCGUACAGCCUCAUCUUUGCGUACACGGACGAGCCGUUCACGACGCUGCAGCCCGAGACCCUCUUCCACGCGUCGCGCUUUCUCUCAACGUCUUGGGGAAGGAGACGCCGCCACCGGGCAUCUCCAUCGCGCGCAUUGCGUUCACUUUGGCGCAGCACGCGCAGCAGCUCGAGGCGUUCAAACUGGCGCGCCUCAUGUACGAGCGGCUCCAGACGAUGCGCCAUGGUCAUCCAGACCAAGCCAUAUUCGGACCGGGACGACUUGCUUCCGAUUGACUAUCGGUCGUCGACGACCAACCCGCUGCUGCACCCGACGAGCGGCGGCGACGUCUGCGUCAACUCGGCCCACCCGUUUGUGCGGUCGUUUUUGUCGUUUGACAACUUGCCGCUGGUCGAGUUUGCGCCGACGCCCGACUUGAGCGACGACGAGGCGAUGGCGCUGAUCGACACGUUGCCGCCGAUCCAGCAAGGUGACAUCAAUAACAACGACAAGUGGAAGACGUCCGAGCACGGCGGCGCGCAGAGCAUGCAGCUCAACGACCAUACGGACGACGAGCCGCAGAUGGGGAAUUUGUUUGAGCGCGCGCUCAACAAGCAGGGCGGGCAUGGUCGCGGCGCGCCAUACCGUGUGCUCGUCGUGGAUGCCAAAGUGCUUUUGAGUUUGAGACCCAACGAAGUGUUUGUCGUGAAAUACCCGACGAAAGCGCUGCGCUACAAGUACUACAAGAACAUGAUCCCGGACAUCAAGGUGCACCUCUCGCCAAGCUGCCGCAUGUUUUUCCACGAAGACGACUUUGAGUUUGAGCACUUGCGCCAAGGCUGCUGCCCGUACUGCCGCGUCGACGAGUACAGCGAGCACGCGUAA